GCGGGAGGGCAGCUGCCCCGAGGCCGGGGUGACUGCCGGCCCCGCGGAAUGCUGGCGGCGGGGGAUGCGGAGCCGGCUGUGGACUAACAUGGGGGGCAGCCACUCGCACAGGGCGCCCGUGUUCGACGAGAACGAGGACGUUAACUUUGACCAUUUUCAAAUAUUGCGGGCUAUUGGCAAAGGGAGUUUUGGAAAGGUGUGCAUUGUACAGAAGAGAGACACCAAGAAAAUGUAUGCCAUGAAAUACAUGAAUAAACAGAAGUGCAUUGAGAGAGAUGAAGUUCGGAAUGUUUUUCGGGAGCUACAGAUCAUGCAAGGCCUAGAGCAUCCCUUCCUAGUCAACCUGUGGUAUUCCUUUCAAGAUGAAGAAGACAUGUUCAUGGUGGUUGAUCUCUUGCUUGGAGGAGACCUGAGGUACCAUUUGCAGCAGAAUGUUCACUUUAAUGAAGGAACCGUCAAACUGUACAUCUGUGAGCUGGCACUUUCCCUGGAUUAUUUGCAGAGAUACCACAUCAUUCACAGGGAUAUCAAACCUGACAACAUAUUACUGGAUGAACAUGGACAUGUUCAUAUCACUGACUUUAACAUUGCAACCAUAGUAAAAGGCUCAGAAAAGGCUUCAUCUAUGGCUGGCACAAAGCCCUACAUGGCUCCGGAAGUGUUCCAGGCCUUUAUGGAUGGAGGUCCAGGAUACUCAUACCCUGUUGACUGGUGGUCUCUAGGAAUUACAGCAUAUGAAUUGUUGAGGGGUUGGAGGCCAUAUGAAAUUCAUUCAGCCACCCCCAUUGAUGAGAUACUCAACAUGUUCAAGAUAGAAAGAGUCCACUACUCAUCUACAUGGUGCAAGGGCAUGACAGCAUUACUAAAAAAGCUCCUCACCAAGGACCCAGAGUGCCGUCUUUCAAGUCUUGCAGAUAUCCAAAGCUCUCCAUACUUAGUUGAUGUCAACUGGGAUGCUGUUCUGGAUAAAGCUGUGACUCCAGGCUUUGUUCCUAAUAAAGGAAGACUGAACUGUGAUCCAACAUUUGAACUUGAAGAAAUGAUCUUGGAGUCCAAGCCCCUUCACAAAAAGAAAAAGCGACUUGCCAAAAACAAAUCCAAGGAUGGAACUAAAGAAAGCUGCCCUCUGAACGUACACCUGCAGCAGUGCUUGGAAACUGUUAGGAAAGAAUUCAUCAUAUUCAACAGAGAGAAACUAAGAAGGCAGCAGGACCAAAGCGGGCAGACUUCCAGCACAGACAGCAGAGCAUCCUUGCAGAGCCAUGGGAAGCUUCAAGAUGGACAUAACAACAACUUGCUUGGACAUGGUUGUACAAGAGGCUGCAGCAGCUAGUGAGCUACAGCUCCACACAGGCUUUCACCUGGGGGUGAGGAAGAAUCCUCUCCCACAUGCCUUCAUACUCACCCCUUGGAUCCCAAGCAAUCAGUCCUCCUGCAGGAUCCCCAGCUGAGGGCAAGUCCACAGAGAAAAUGGCUGAGAACUUCCAUCUAAGACUGUUCUUCUGACUCUGCCACUGGAAAAAAGCGACCAUCAAGAACAAAAUGCAGUUUUAUAAGUUUGACUUUCCUUUUCAAAAUCCUGGAAGAAAACUUGAAACAACUCACUAGGCAGCCUCUCAAAUAUUGCCAUGUUUCUGGCCAUUUGCAAGAGACAAGUUGCUCUGGGGCCAGCUUUAUCUUGAAGAC